AUGGAAGAAGAACUUGAAGUUUUGACGGUGAUCUUUGAUGAAGCUGAUUUUCAAGUUAAACAUGAUCCACCGGGAUUUCUUAUGAGGGUCAGCCCAGAAGAACCAUCAGAUUCAGAUCCAUUGGAAGUAGAUUUAGAUUUAACACCUCAAGAUGGUUAUCCUACUACAAUUCCAUUAAUUGAGAUUUCAGAUCGGAUUGGAAAACUAGAUGAUUUUGAAAAAGAGUUACUGAUUAAUAAACUUACUACAAUUGCAAAUGAAAGUGUUGGAGAUGCUAUGGGAUAUACUCUUUAUACUGAAUUACGUCAAGAACUUGGUAGGGUUUUGAUUGAUCGAGAAUCUGCACGAAAGAAAAGAGAAGAAGAUGAACUAAGGGCAGCAGAAGAGCAAGAAAAAAAUCGAGCAAAAGGUACACCUGUUAAUAAAGAAACUUUUAUGAUUUGGCGUACAAAGUUUAAUGAAACGAUUAAAUUACAACAAAAGAAAAUUGAAGAUGAAAAAUUAAAAUCUUUAACACCCAAAGAAAGAGAUGAAUUCAAAAAUCGAUUAAAUAAAUUUACAGGUCGACAACUAUUCGAAUCUAAUAAAGCAUUAGUAAAUUCAGAUGCUUCCUUACUUGAACCUGAUGCUGAAGAAAUCGAUCUAAGUUCAUUUGAAAAGGCUUUAGAUGAUAUACCAUCAAAUGGUGAUAAUCAAGAAACAUGA